GGAGAAAGGAUUCCUCACGGAGCCGUCGCCUCCCUUCAUUCUCAACAGCAAGACUGCUGCAGGAUACGGAGUAGACCCUUGAAACAUCCUCUUUGAGGAGCCGCCCAACCAUCCAAGGACUGCCUAGCUAUUCUCAGAAGUCAACGUCCUCUGACGCCGUCUGCUGCCGACAGCGCUGUCCUACGCUGCAAUCGGCCCCGCUUCAUCCCCUUCUUCCUUGCUCACUGGGCGGCUUCCGUCCAUCCAGCCAGCGGCCGACCCUGGCGGCGGCUCGUCGUAAUCAAACAUAAGAGGCUCUUCGUCCACAUAUCCGGACAGUCCCCUCUUCGUCCUCAAACCUCCAACAUCAUAACAACCCCAUUUAUCGAACUGCUGUGACGUGAAAGGCCUCAGGCAUUACAGAAGAUUAAAUAAGAUUCACCGAUAAGAUAUACCCUUCAAUUUAACUAUAAAUAAACGAAGUCCAAGUUCGUUCUUUUUUGCCCUGUUGUUGCGAGCCUGCACGACUUACGAACAUCCCACCUUAGACCUUCCAACCUCAACGAGGCACCUAUACUAUCUUAUCUAACGUCAAGUAUCAUCGCCUAUAACAUUGUUCCAUCCUUUUUCUGUCCCCUGAUUUCUCGAAUACCAGUUUUUGCUGUUUUUGAGGCCCCCUUUCCCAAAUAUUUCUUCGUCGCCCCGCUCCUAAAUCGCUCUGAAAUUCACUACCAAAGAGAGUCGUGGCCGUUGGAAGGAUCAGGCCACGGAAACAAAAUAGCCAGUCAUGCCACGAUUCCGAGGUAUCCUCGAGUCACCAUCCAGCUCGGAUACAGAUUCAGACUCCUACCAGGAGGACCGAUUCCGCCACCAUAGACGUCCUGUUGACAGACGUCGUGGUUUCCUCGACAUCAAGGCCCCCCGGGUCAGAGCGGCCUCUGUUGGUGAUCGCCAUAGGGAUUCGUCAAUCUACAUCGGCAUCAACAAUGAAAACUAUUCCAAGUCCCCGCCGCGUCCGCGGAACCGUGCCAGGUCGUUUUCCCGUCGGCGUGAUGCAGCAGGUGCCUGGGACGAGGUAGAAACAAACAUCCUCCGCGAGCAAAGAGCUAUCCGUCAGGAAAUCAUUGAACGCGAUAUCCGAGACCGUUAUCGUGAGCAAGAAAAGGAGCGGCUGCGUGAGCGCGACCGAGACAGGGACCGGGAUCGGGAUCGCGACUACGAACGGGAGCGGGAGCGGGAGCGGGAGAAGGAACGCGAGAGGGAACGCGAGAGGGAACGCGAACGGGAACGGCUACGCGAACGUGAGAUACUUGAGCUCGAGGCACAGCUUCAAUCACAAAGAAGAAAACUCGAGCAAUUGGUUGAAGAUAGGCUCUGGGAAGAGGCAGAAAGGGAAGAAGAGAUCUAUCGACGCCGAAAAAGGCGGUGGGAAAAACUAAGGGAUAAAGAACUUGAACACGAACAGCGGGAGCGCGAGCGUGAACGAGAGCGUGAACGCGAACGUGAGAGGGAGCGACGUGACCGAGGGCGCGGUCGAAGCCGAAGCCGAAGCCACAGCCAUAGCCGUAGCCGAAGCCGGUACAGGAAGGAUGCUUGCUGGACCCGUGACGAGAUCGCAAACGAGCUUGCGCACGAGGAACUACGUCAUAUAAAGCAAGAAGAGGCUAAUAAGAAGCACGUCGAGGAUGCUUUUUUGAUCGCACAAUUCCGCGCCUUACAGGAAGAGGAAGAGCGUAAUAAGCGCGAACGGAAGAUACGGCAGAAAAUAGAAGCUGAGCGGGCGAAGCAGGAAGCAGAAGAGCUAGAAAAACAACAGCAUGAACAGAAGCUAAGAGACGAGGCUAUAGAAGAAUAUAAGAGGGAAGAAGCCGAGAAAGAACGCAAACGGCGUGAAGAGGAAGAGCAGGCUGAAAAACAGUUCAAUGAGCGGCUUCAAAAGUUGUUUGGUAGCCAUGGGAUUUCGGAAGAGGAUAUGAAGAAAUUUUUAAACCAGAAUAAAGAAAAACCAGAGCCCAAAGCUAUAGAGCCGCAUGCUCCCAAAGAUCAAUUUGUCAAGGUCCAUCGUCGGUUUAUCUCUCCUUCGACGCUUAUGGCAUACGGACUUCCAUGGGAGUGGGAUCCUUACGAUGCAGACUACAUGCUCAUCCAUUCUUGGGUGCCUCAGGAACUCCAGGAAGAGCUCUUCGAGCAUACCCGUCGUCUACGCGAAGGGCGCAUGCUCCCCGCUGCGGCGGAGCCUGAACAGAGCGCAGAAUACGUUGAGCUGAGGGUGAAUGAUAAGAAAAAAGAUCAAUUAUUCCUGGUGAGGAAAAAGAAGGGGGCGAAGAAGCAUAUCUUCGUUGAGCGAUAAGUAGGUUAGGAGCGAAGCAGGCUCGCUUCUAGACAAAUGUGAUGAUGAGGCAAGGUGUAUCGCUCAUCUUCUAUCAUUGGCUUUAUAACCUUUUUCUUAUAGGGAGAUUUGGUUUUUGUUCUAUUCUUGAAGGUCUUGGCUCCUUGUUUCCUUUCUUUAUUCAUGAUUUAUUCUUUUUAGUCCUUUUGUCUACUCAGUCAUAUUACUCCAAACCAAAAAUAUUCUGAUGAUUAUAAGGGAGAGAUGGUGCUAACAAUGAACGACCUAUAUGCCUCA